CAUCAUUUGAGCCCAGACGUAGCAGACGCUCCACCGAGGCUGCGAUGUGAACGGGAUCAAACAGACGCGUUAUUCUCAAGACAAAGUGGAUUUUAUUUAGAUAGUCUACAUUUCUGCAUGUGGAAUACGAAAACAUCUCGUUUUUGAAUUAGAAUCGGCGGCAUAACUCACCAUUUUAGGAAAUCUGGAAUCAUGAGUCAAUUAUAUUACGAGACUACAUCGACUUAGACGACUGAUUAGCUUUUUAUAUCUUUACGUAUUUUAGUUUGUUUUCUUACUUAUAUAGAAGUUAAAAACAAUUAUUUAUUUUUAGAAUGUUGAAUUCAGCGCUUUCUGUAUGUGCAGGCUACUCCUGACACGUCUUUCGGGUUGGCAAUGGACACGAAAGGUGAUGGCAAAACCAGCGAUCAAGAAAUAUUGUUUCUUCGACGGUAUGUUAAACCUUUUUAACAGCGUUGUUUACGCGCUAUUACGCAGGCGUAUUUUCCCUCUGAAAUGUGGCUUCCCCGCGACGGCAUGUUCUCUAGCGUGAUGUAGGCUGCACGGGAUACAGAAGUGACGAGCCCGGGGGACCAGAGAUGCGACUGUCAAAGUGGUGGCAACCGAAGGAUUUGACUGAGAUCCUUGAGUAUGACUAACACGUUGCCAUAAAGCGAAGAAUGUCAGGGACACCAAAUGCGGAAGCAGAAGGAGUAGUCUCCAGAGUAAAAGUCAAGAAGGAGAUCAAGACAAUCGUGGAGAAUUUGGAGACCAUUCUCGGGGACCUUAAGGAUGUAGCGAAGGAACUCAAAGAGGUGGUGCAUGACAUUGACGCGCUCACCUGUGACCUACAACUGGAAGAGGACGGGCUAACGGACAGCUCCAAGACGGACACCCUCAACUCCAGCUCCAGCUCCACCACCACCACCACCACCGUGUCCAGCCUGGAGAGGCUGCGGAUGGGCCUGGAUGACUGCCUCUUCUUCAGGGUCCCCGCAGUCAUCGCGCCAGCGCCCGUCCACCCUGCACCGGUCCACACCGUGCAGAAGAAGGCCCCCCCGCCCCCUCCGCCUCCCAGGCACACACCGCAGAGAUCGGAGGAGCACAACAUGAAGCUCCUGCCCCAUCCCACGCUGGUGCUAUCAGGGAACCACUCCAAAGCCAACGGCUCUCUGAGGAACGGCGGCGGCGGCGGCGGCGGCGGCGGUGGCGGCGGCGGCGGCGGCGGCGCGUUCUCCAUGCACCCGACCAGGGAGCUGUUCUCCCCGCCGCGCCACUGCGUCUCCAACGACAGCGGCUUGUCCGAGGCCGGGCUGGUGCCUACUCUGCCCAGACCCAUGCCCCUCCUCCGGCACCAGAAGAACAAGUGCCCGCAGACGUCGGGCCGGGAGCCGCGAGAGCGCGUCCGCUUCAGUGAGAAGGUGCAAUACCACGGCUACUGCCCGGACUGUGACCUGCAGUACGUGAUGGAUGACACCACCGACCGCCACUUCCAGGGCGAGCCCGGUGACGCCAGGCUCAGCCCGGUGCACUGCUGUGCCGCCACCUCCCCCCUCGACGGACACCCCGCCCUCCCUCGAGAACUCACGCUGGAAAACGGCGGCCUGCCGUUCAGCCACGGCUAUCCGUCCAUGGCAGACGGCCCUCUACUGUCGUUGCCCCCUCUCCAGCAUUCCCACAAGCAAACCAAGAAGACCAUCCUUCGUAAAUCGACCACAACCACGGUUUGACACGGAUCCCGUCUACCUUAAACAUUGUUGAAUCAUUCAUAGUGUUUUCUACUUUAUGGGGGCUUUCUACUGAAGCUGAACUGUGUGCGGAUUAUCCAAACGGAGAAAGUGAGAGAGGGAUGAAUCAGCCAGGAUUGGAGAAAGCGAGUAGAAUAGACAAAGGCUUUGCCGUGGGCUUGAAGAGGCAUACCCGCAGAGAGAAGACUGUGAAGAGAGAUCUUGGCAAGAAACGAAGAAGGAAUUUUUGUGAACUGGUCAGCUCCCAUGUCGAUUCAUAAACCGGGACAGGUAUUGGCUGAGCACAUCCAUCUCCUUCCUCUAUGUCUUUGGGUUCUCCAACCAUCAGAAGAGAAGAAGUGAAGAGCUCUCCUCGCCAUGGUAACCACGUCUGCUAAUCGUGGUUGGAUCAGAAAGGAAAAUAGUGGGCUAAGAAGUGUUAAACAGGAGAGGACGAGGAUGCAACCACAUGGUAAAAACAGAAACAUUAGUCGAGGCUCAUGGUGUUACAGGUGCACAUGAACACACCAUGUGCACGUUUUGUCAGGUGCAAUAAAGAUCAUUUUAUUGCAUUCAUGCAACAUUAUUUUUAUUAAAUGGCAACAGUUUGUGGUUCUGAAGGCCAUGUGCUUGCUCAAGCACAGAUUUUCUACAUUUUAAACUUGUUUUUGUUUGGGAAAUAAGGUGUAUUUGUAUCUUAAAAUACCUUUCGUGAAGAAGAAAAAAAGGUAUCGCUCAAGUGUUAAUAAUGUUAUGAUAACAUCCACAGUUUGAGCAACGACUACAGCUGCUUCUGCUCUCUCUCCAGAAUACUCAUAUAUUAUUCUUCUCUGAGGAAGGCCCUGCCUGGCUGUGUGGGAAACAGGGUUCUUAUCUUAGCAUUUAUCAGGCCCAUCCGAAUUAUGUCAUUAUGUGUUGCUUCGCAGUCAACAUGAUGUGCAUUAUGAUGACUCGACGUCAGAAAAAAUAAUGGUUGGAAAGCAACGAUAAUGAUGAGGAUGGUGAUGACAACAAUGAUGAAGAUGAUGAAGAUGAAGAUGAGGCGAUGACGACGCAGUCCAGCAGACUAUGUUGAUAAAGCGUCUAAAUACUCACCUGGUGCCACGCAAGCUGUUUCACGACAACAUGGAGGGAUGUCUUGUUGCAGAAGCUACAGCUUUAGAUUAAUCCUUUUUACGAGGGGUAUUAAUUUGCAUCAAAUUUCCUUUGUAUAUAAAUAUAAAUGUACAUGUGUAUUCUAUAUUUCCAACGUUUUUAUGGAGACUUUAACAUUUAAAAAGAUAAUAUUUUUGAUAACGUGUUAAAUGGGAGGGGGGCUAGCGCAAUCUGAUUUAUCAUGAGGUACAUGAUUUUUAUUGCAGGGCAUAAACAGAAAUAUAUUGAAAGAGGUUAUCAUCAUUGUAUUAAAUAUUUUGAGAUAAGUCUUAUGUGAAGGGGGUUGAACUGGCGUAAACCAAAAUACCUAGUUGUGCUUUAUGAA